AUGUCAAGCACAAAACAAAACACCGCAAUCUGGGCCAACGAAACCGGCGCCAUCGUCGUCGAGCCCGUCCCCGUCCCCGCCCCCGGGCCGGACGAGCUCCACAUCGAGGUCCUCUACUCGGGCGUCAACCCCACCGACCUCCGCACCCCGCGCUUCUUCGGCUGCACCCGCCGCGUCCUCGGCCAGGAGUUCUGCGGCCGCGUCCUCCGCGCCCCCGCGCCCGGCCAGCCCUUCUCCGAAGGCGACGUCGUCGCGGGCUACACCGAGGGCGGGAAAGACCGACCCCUCCAGCAGGGCACGCACCAGUCGUACAUCUCCCUGCCCCCGCAACACAGCGUCUUUAGAGUGCCCGGCAACGUGCCGCACGCCGACGCGGCUACGUUGACGGUGGCGGUCAUGACGGCCAACGACGCGCUGUAUAACCGCUUCGGUCUCCCGCUGCCGUCGGAGGCGGGGGCGGAGGGGGUGGUGGAGGGGACGUUGGUCGUCUGGGGAGGGUCGACGUCGGUUGGUAUGGCGGCCAUCCAGCUCGCGCGGGCCAGCGGGGUUCGGACCAUCGUCGCGACGGCGUCGCCCGCGCGCCACGAGCUGCUGAAGAGGAUCGGGGCUACGGAGUGCUUCGAUUACAAGGACGACGCGGUCGUGGAGAAAGUCAAAUCGGCCAUUGCCGCCGCGGGCGCGGGUCCCGUCUGGGGCUUCGACGCGGCGGGCGUCCCGGGGGUGUCCCAGAAGUUGCUCUCCGGCGCGGUGCCCGACCACGGAGACGUCCGUCUCGCGACGGUGUUUUUGGUCGUGGAGGAGGACGAGCGCUUUGAGGUUGUUCUCGGGUCGCGGCACUAUGAUGUCGAGUUCGACAUUCCCGGGCGCGAGGGGGGUUUGAUCAGGUUCCCAGCGCGGCCGGCGGAGCAGGAGAGGAUGUGGGAGGCUUUGAUGUGGGUUCUGGAGCACUACGGUGCCGAGUACCAGGCGUUGCCUGUGCGUGUGUAUGAUGGCCCUGCGGAGGGUGCUUUGGAAGAGAUUGCCAAGGUCGCGGAUCUGGGGACGUUUGGGAAGGUUGUGUUGAAGCUGCCGUUCUGUUGA